AUGGCGUCUAAGCUUGCAAUGUUGGCUAAACUGACAGAUCUGAAAGAAUUGACCGGAUUUGGUGGAUCAGACGAACCAAAAAAGGAACCUCCUACUCAAAAAGAACGGAAGGAUGAAGAGAAAAGGAAGGAAGCACAACGACAAGCUGAAGAGGAAAGAAGAAAGAGACAUCAACAAGAAGAAUACCAAAGAGAAAAGGUGAGAGAGACGAUUAGACAGAAGUAUGGAAUUAAAAAACCUGCAGAAAACUCGAAGGCGAAGAAGAAAGAGAUGGUGGCCGAGGUCGCCAAGGAUUACAACCUCAGUGUAGAGGACGCCAGGCAGCUGGAGAGAAAGAUUCAGGAGAUUCAAACUUAG